AUGGCUUUUACUUCAGCAUCAUUUUGUUCAACAAAAUCUGACGAACGAAAAGCUUUUCAAUAUGAAAAAUCGCCAUUUACUAGUGUAUCAAUGUCAGCACUGAAUUAUCAAGUAACAGAUCGGAUUAGAACAUUAUCUAAACCAAGAUUACGUAAAGAUACAACUAUUCGGGAUGGUUUUUCACGUUAUGAAAGUAAUCCAAAGUACUCUGGUGUAGUUUCAGCGGCAAUUCAUGCCUCUUGUUCGUCACGGUUAAGCGAAUUGGCAGUACCACCUCAACGCUAUCAAACUUAUCAAUAUGAAUUACCUCUUCCUCGACGUGUACCAGACGGGGCACUGAAAUAUCAAGCAACACCAAGAGUCACUGAAUUGGCUACACCAAAAAGAUUACCCGGUACAUAUUAA